AUGGAUGUUGAAGACACAGUGAACAUGAAGAUAAGUAAAAAGUGUAGAAUGAAAUUGGUUGAUGAAGUAAUCUACAGUUUGGAUGACUUACAUCAAGACUUAUUCACACACUCCUGCUUUGGACAGUUGUUGAGCUUAAGGGAUAUAAAGCUCACGUUAGAAUUAGUCCACCAGUUAAUUCUGAGGUCGAUAAGUACCUCAAAAGAAAAUGAUGUAUGGAUUAAAAUCGGAGAUAAGCUUGCAAGAUUUGGAUUGCAAGAGUUUACAUUGGGCACCAGGUUUAAAGCGGGAGAUAUGGAGGACGAGGAUCCGACUUUAGGGUAUAAUUGUAGACUGGUUAAGGAACGUUUCAAGCAUAGCAACGAUAGAAUAGAGGCUUAUUGUUAG